UUCCUUUUUUUUUGCUUUAACCCAACAUGUGCUGUAAAUGCGAGUGUUUUUUUCCCAAUUGUUCUACCAUCAAAUCCACUGAUACAGCACUAACCGUUAUCUCUUCAAAUAUUUCUACUGUUUCUACUGUUUCAGAAAACUUAGGCUGUAACAUUGUGCGUGGCUAAAGCUACUCCCUUUCAUUGCCUCUGUACAAGCAAGUCCUUAUCAAGUUCUAGUUAAUAAUUAAAUCCGUGUCGGAAACUGUAAGGUGCGCUAGAAGCCAAGAAAAUCUGUUCUGAUUGUUGCGAACGAGAGAAAUGGAAGAGAACACAAAUGAGAAUUCAGGGACUAAAAGGGGAAACAGAGUCACUGAGGAAACUACCCUCAAGGCAAAAGAGCUUUUCCAGCUUCAUGGGAGGAUCUGGAAGUCGCUGUAUGGAGUGUUUCCGUACAAGUCUAGCAUGAUUGGCCUGGAGUCUCUGGCAGAUCCCUCGGAUGACUGGGAGAUCGUGGAGACCAUUGGAAAAGGAACCUAUGGGAAAGUCUACAAAGUCAACAAUAAAAAGGAUGGGAGCCAAGCGGCUGUAAAGAUUUUGGAUCCUAUACAUGAUGUUGAUGAGGAGAUUGAAGCAGAAUAUAACAUCCUGCGGUCCCUCUCCAAUCAUCCCAAUGUUGUCAAGUUUUAUGGGAUGUUCUACAAGGUGGAUGAUCUCUCAGGAGGCCAGCUUUGGCUGAUUCUUGAGCUGUGUAAUGGGGGCUCUGUCACAGACCUCAUCAAAGGACUCCUCAUGCGUGGUCAGCGAUUGGAUGAAGCUAUAAUCUCAUACAUCUUAUAUGGUGCCCUCUUGGGUCUCCAGCAUUUGCACAAUAACAGAAUCAUCCAUCGUGACGUCAAGGGGAACAACAUUCUCCUGACAACAGAAGGAGGAGUCAAGCUUGUUGACUUUGGUGUAUCAGCCCAGCUCACCAAUGCUCGCUUGCGAAGAAAUACUUCAGUAGGAACUCCUUUUUGGAUGGCUCCUGAGGUCAUUGCUUGCGAACAACAGUAUGACUACUCCUAUGACGCUAGGUGUGACGUAUGGUCACUUGGCAUCACAGCCGUUGAACUAGGUGAUGGAGACCCUCCGUUGUCAGAGCUGCACCCUGUCAAAGCCCUCUUUAAGAUCCCACGGAAUCCACCUCCCACCUUACGGUGUCCAGAUCAGUGGAGCCGUGCUUACAGUCACUUUAUCUCCCAGUGCUUGAUCAAGGAUUUUGAGAAACGCCCUUCUGUCACUCACCUGUUGGAGCACCCCUUCAUCAAGCAGGCCCAUGGGAAAGAUAUGGCUCUGAAACAGCAGCUUGCCACCCUCAUCCGCGAGCAGCAAGAAUCAGGCUGCAGAGGCAAAACCAAGCAUGGAAGAAUCAGCACCAGGAAAACUCUGAGAGUGGACACCUGCCUUGAUGAUGACUUGGUAAAUCUAGAGGUUUUAGAUGAGGAAACCAUCAUCAUUCAUUUGCAGAAGAGAUAUGCAGACCUUCAGAUCUAUACAUAUGUUGGGGACAUUCUAAUUGCAUUAAAUCCUUUCCAAAAUCUGAAUAUCUACUCACCACAGUUUUCUAAGCUUUAUCAUGGAGUCAGGCGUUCAUCAAACCCUCCUCAUAUUUUUGCGACGGCAGACGCUGCUUAUCAAGGAAUGGUAACAUUCUGCAAAGACCAGUGUAUCAUCAUCAGCGGAGAAAGUGGAGCUGGAAAGACAGAAAGUGCCCAUUUGAUUGUUCAGCAUCUUACAUUCUUAGGAAAGGCGAACAAUCGGACUCUCCGGGAAAAGAUUCUGCAGGUUAAUCCCCUUGUAGAGGCCUUUGGGAAUGCCUGCACUGCCAUAAAUGACAACUCAAGUCGCUUUGGGAAGUACUUGGAAAUGAAGUUCACCCCAACUGGUGCUGUGAUGGGAGCCAAGAUCUCAGAGUACCUGCUGGAAAAAUCGAGAGUCAUUAAACAGGCUAUUGGAGAGAAAAAUUUUCAUAUAUUUUAUUACAUCUAUGCUGGUCUUUAUCAUCAGAAGCAACUGAAAGAAUACAGGCUGCCAGAAGAGAAGCCCCCGAAGUACAUCGACAAUGAGAAAAGCAAAGUGAUGCUGGACAUCAUUUCCAAUAAAUUGUACAAGGAGCAGUUUGACGCCAUUCAGCACUGCUUCCGAAUCAUUGGGUUCACGGAGGAGGAAGUAAAUUCAGUGUAUAAAAUCCUUUCUGCCAUCUUGAAUACUGGAAAUAUUGAAUUUGCUGCCAUUACAUCUCAACACCAGACUGAUAAAAGUGAAGUGCCUAAUUCUGAAGCCUUAAACAAUGCUGCUGCCCUUCUCAGUAUUGGUGCUGAGGAGCUUCAGGAGGCCCUGACCUCCCACUGUGUGGUGACCAGGGGGGAGACCAUCAUCCGCACAAACACGGUGGACAGGGCGACUGACGUGAGAGACGCCAUGUCCAAAGCUCUUUACGGCCGCCUCUUCAGCUGGAUUGUGAACCGCAUAAACACACUGCUGCAGCCGGACAAAAAUUUAUGUACUGCAGAAAAUGGAAUGAAUGUUGGAAUAUUGGACAUUUUUGGCUUUGAGAAUUUUAAGAAAAACUCUUUUGAGCAACUGUGCAUCAACAUUGCCAAUGAACAGAUCCAGUUCUACUUCAAUCAGCACAUCUUUGCUCUUGAACAGAUGGAAUACCAAAGUGAAGGUAUUGAUGCCAACCUGGUGGAGUAUGAAGACAAUCGGCCCAUCCUUGAUAUGUUUCUUCAGAAACCCAUGGGGCUGCUGUCUUUACUGGAUGAAGAGAGCCGCUUUCCUCAGGCCACUGAUCAAACAUUAGUGGAUAAAUUUGAGGACAAUCUGCGAUACAAGUACUUUUGGAGACCUAAACGGCUUGAACUUUGUUUCGGAAUUCAGCAUUAUGCUGGAAAGGUUUUGUACGAUGCAAAUGGAUUCCUGGAAAAGAACAGAGACACUCUUCCUGCAGACAUCAUGGUGGUUUUGAGAACUUCAGAGAACAAACUGUUGCAGCAGCUGUUUUCAAGCCCCUUGACAAAAACGGGUAACCUGGCUACAUCACGGGCAAGAGUGACUGCAGCAUCACGAUCGCUGCCUCCCCAGCUCAGUGUAGGACGCAAUAAGGUGGACACUAUGGAAGUGAUGCGGCACCCUGAGGAAACAACCAACAUGCGAAGACAAACAGUGGCCUCGUAUUUCAGGUAUUCCCUAAUGGAUCUCCUGUCUAAAAUGGUGGUCGGACAGCCUCACUUUGUUCGUUGUAUAAAACCCAAUGAUGACAGACAAGCGCUCAAGUUUUCCACCGACAGAGUGCUGGUUCAGCUGCGAUACACCGGCAUUUUAGAAACGGUGAACAUCAGGCGACAAGGGUUUUCCCAUCGGAUUCCUUUUGACGAAUUUGUUAAAAGGUAUUACUAUCUCGCCUUCAGGGCACACCAGAUGCCUGAUACGGGCAGAGAGAACACCAUCGCCAUUCUGGAGAAAGCAAGACUAGACAAGUGGGUACUUGGGAGAACCAAGGUCUUUCUGAAAUAUUACCACGUGGAGCAGCUGAACCUGCUGCUGAGAGAAGUGAUAGCCCGUGUGGUGGUGAUGCAGGCUUACACCAAGGGCUGGCUGGGAGCUAGAAGGUACAGAAGACUCAAAGAGAAGAGGGUACAUGGUGCUGUCGUCAUCCAGGCAGCCUGGAGGGGACAUGUCGCUCGUCAGACUCUCAGGCAAAUCAAAAGGGAAAGAGAAGAGGCAGCCAUCUGUAUACAAUCAGCUUACAGGAGGUACUAUGCUCGUAAGCGUUCUGAGGCUAUGAAUCAUGGGGUUAAUUCAGUGGCUUUGUCUCAGACCCUGGAUGGCACCAGGGUUGUAAAUGAAGUUGGGCAUGGCAGCUUCAGCAGAACGGAUUUCUUAGCUGACCAUCAGGAGAAAAGGGUGCUGCGUGACAGCCAAAAGAGCUUAAGUAAAUGCUACGGCCAAGACAAAGACAAAAAUGAAGACAUUGUGAAGCCUUAUGAGGAGGCAAACAGCAUGUGGGAGUCUCAGUGUACACAAGGUCCAGACAGGCAGGGUGAGCAGAAGCAACAGAGAACCCCUCGGCGCCGGUGCCAGCAGCCCAAACUGCUUAACAGCCCCGAGGACAGCCUGUACUAUAACCAGUUAAAUAGAACUCUGGAUUAUCAAGGGAGCAAGAGGAAGCCGAGAAAACUUGGCCAAAUCAAAGUCCUGGAUGGAGAGGAUGAGUACUACAAAUUAUUGUCAGCAGCAGAAUCUAUCCCUGAGGAAGGCAGUUCAUCCAACCCUCCUCCCACUCUGUCAAGAGGGCCAGUAUUUGCUCAGAGCUAAGACUUACAGCUAAUGCACAAUGUUAAGUUUAUGUUGCCUGUUUUGAUCCUGUGGUCUACCAGCCAAGAAAGACAUAAAUGGUGCCCCAUUCUUGUUCAGGACCUUCGGAAGAUGGACACACUGAUUCUUCUUGUUCUUAAUUAAUUAUUUCAAAGUUUCUGUCAUUCAACUUAUAACGUCAAUAUUUAAGGUUUUAAGGUAGCUUUAUGAUCAAAUGAAGUCCAGUCUGUAUUUUGAUUUGUCUUUCACAAAUGUCAAUAUGAUAAUGUUCUAGAUUUUGCCAUAUUCACAUCGAAAAUGAAAGAUUUUUAAAUUGAUCAUAAAUGAUAAUAAAUAGGCAACAGCGAUAUACAUAAAUAAAAGGUAGAUAGUUUUGACAUUAUUUUCUUCUGCAAAUGUUUUCUACUUCCUAGUUCCUUUAUGGACUACUUUCUAAACUUGUGUGAGUGAGAAUGGAGAAUAACAAGAUCAUACUUUGGUAACAAAGAAGCAGUGUCAUCUUCUGUUACUGAAAAGUAUUUGAAUAUUUUAGAUAAUUUAAAGCCUUUUCUUGUUAAUCAGCAAAAUUGUUAAUCAACAAAAAAAUUUUGUGUGUGUCAUUGUAAUUAGAAUGUUUGUACUGUUUGUGUAGUACCUUUGCUCUCUCUCUUCCUCACAAAGGAGAAAAGGUUUAUUCCUAAAAAAAAUUAAUGGAAGUAGCUCUUUAGUCAUUUUUCUGUACAUGAUUUUCCAUACAUAUUUUCUUACUGUAUCUGUAGUGAAGCUGACUGCAAAGUAGCAGCAAACACAAACUGAUUAACAGUGCUUCAAGGCAUUUUUUAGUUUUUAACUGUUAUUUUUCUUUUAGGUUUUUAGUAUCAUGUAUUUGGAAGUGUUAUUUUGCAGUGUCUCUUUUGACCAUGACAGUUGAUGGACAUCGUUUAUAGAAUUUGUGGUACUGAAAUGAGUGUUAGAAAAGCUCUACUUUUUAAUUGCUGUCUUCAUGACUGCUAAACAUUAGGUUUUGAAUACUAAAAUGAAAUACCUUUUCUUUUGCCUUCUGAAACAAAUAGCUUGUUCAAUGAAAAUUAUUACAUGAAAUAAGUGUUGGAAAUGUUUGCACCUUAACUCUUACAUAAACAUUAAAAAACAGUAUUAAAGCAUUAUUUCUGGUUGAAAUUAGAAUUGCCACUGUGGUGCUUAAGAACAUCAAUUUCUGUUUUGCUUCUCUUCAAACAAUUGUAAAAUCACAUUAAGCUGACUGGAGACUUUCAACAGGUUCUUGUGUACAGACCUAAAAACAAAUAGUUCCCAAGGAUUUUUUAAAACAUUUUGUUACCAGAAAGCUUCUAUGCAUUUGGACAUAUAAGUACUCUAUUUUUGCAUUUCACAUACAAAGCUGUGAUCAUUUCAGUUUGACAGUUGAUUUAAUCAACUACUAUACUAAAGUAAAAUUGCAAUACUAAUUUGUGUUAGACAAAGUGUGUUCUAUUGUGUGAGUCCUCCUCAACUGCGCAUGCUGGAUUAAAAAAAAUCAGUUGUUUAAAAUGCUGACUUUUGAAAACUAAAGGUAGAUCAAGCUGAAAAAGACCCAGGAGUAUUAAAUGGAAUGGUCCUCUUUAAUUUUAUAUAAACAUGUAUACCAUUGUGUCACUUUGUAAAGUUUUAAAUACUGUACUGACUUUCUACU